CUCAACUUCACAGCAUUCGUCAACUUUUUUUUUUAUCAUGAUGUGAUUCAUUGUUUUCAUUUUCAUUAAUUCAUAUUGUCUUGAGCUUGAUCAUGAGGAACAGAAGCAAUGAUCAGAUAGAAAAAUAUUUGUAUUAUGAGUAAAUGCACAGGGAGACCAACCACGCCACUUCGUAGUUGACUAAUUACUAUGUCUAUGAUGCUAUUCUGGCACAUGAUUCAACUCUACUAGAUUGGCCCCUUGUACAUACCACCUAUUCGUGUGAGCCAUCUUUUUCUACUCUUAGUUUGGUUGAUCAAUUCAUCCUGAAUCUUUCCAUUUCUUUCCCUUGGGUGCGCAUCAUGUACUCUUUUGUUCAGUAUGAGCUCUGAAGAUAAACAACCCAAUUCAAGUCAGCCCACAACUCCCGCCUCCUCCAGGUUGAGUCUCCCCUCCAAAAAGUCCAGUUUCUUGACCAUUGUCAAAGCUCAGGUCAAGGUUCUCCUCUCAACCCUUUCCGAGAAUACUUACACUCGAAGUGUUACUGAAAUCCACUCGCUGAUUGAGGACAACGGAAAACCCGUUUAUUUACAUUUUAUAAGACUCAUUGUCCAAGCCUGGCAAUCAGGGCAGGGAUCUCAAUCAAGUAACUACUCAGGUGCACCUAUCCACAGGCUCCUCAUCGAUCAGGUUCAGGUCCUCGCCAAGACCCAGACCUCAGCCACAUACUUUUGCGAAGCCGUUAGUACAACAGAAAAGAGUGAGGCGCUCAAGAAUUUUGAUUUCGAGCUCUUUAUCAAGGAUUUGCCAUUGAAGCCUAUUGAAAAAAUUCGCCUAGCCAUUGCACUUCUUCAGUCACCCAAAUCUGAACUCGUUGCUCAAGCUGAACGUAUCAUUCAGUCAACUGCAUCAGCCUUAAAGGAGCAGCUUACCUCAGCCGAUCAAUUACUCGAGUUUGUUCAAUCACUCGACGCGUCAAAUUACAAGUCCUGGGACGAACCGAGGGAUCCAGUCACCGGUCUUAUUAAUACUUUGUACAAUAACAACAUCCCUUCAGUCGUCACUAACACUAUCAAGGAGAUUCGCGAUAUGAAUGAUAACUCUGAGUCUGCAGCCCUGGCAAAAGUCAUGUGCGAGGCUGGACCCUCUUGCUGCAAAUCAGUAUCAUCUGUUAAUGAUAUUCUGCGCCAAGCGGGAUAUGAUAAUUCUAGGACGCCUGAUGAGCAAGAUAUUGCACGUGUUCUCGGCAUGAUGGUCUCACGACAAUCAAAAGCAGGCUCUGAGAGUGCCUGGGACUUUAAGAACGUUGCUACAGCACUAAACAAGAAUACUGUUGAUUGGGUCAAGGUCAUUCAAGCGCUGGACUAUCCUGAAUUCAAGAUCUCAGAUGUUUCUGGCUUAGAAUUUAUAAUCAAUUCAUUCAGAAGUGCAGACAAGAAUGGGCGUCUCUUUCCUCUAGAGGCGUUCUGGGGACAGUGGAGCAAUGUUGAGGGUCAAAUUUCAAUUUUGAAAGCGCUCGUUGCUGCGCCGACAAAGUUAUUAGAACAAGAGUGGGCGGCAUCAUCUAGGACAUUCACAAGAGAUCAGUUUGCACAGUCAAGCGCCGAAGUUCAGGCGCACGCAUCUGCUGAGCUGGAAUCGAGUGUUUGGAAUUGCAUUCCUUUGGUAGAAACUGUAAUGACAUUGGCCGACAACGAAGUUCAUGACCCACUACUGGAUAUGGGCUUAAAAUCAAACACAGAGCUUCUCUUCCUUGGCCUUGUUCAGCUCAAGACGCCUUGGAGUUCAUUACAUCAAGACGUCGUUUCCAAGUUGCUUCAUGUUUAUUUGACAGGAGUUGGCAUCAUCCCUCAAUUUGUGCAAACACGAUUGUGGCAGGUUAAUCAGGGUCUAUUUGUCUCUGGUUUGUUGGACCUUUACGAUCAUGACCGCUCAUCACUCCCAAAGAUACUUAAGCUUACAGAAGAUCUUUCGAUCUUGAAUAAGGUGCUUGAAGUCAAGUCAUUUAUGUUUGCGAUUGAUUUGGCCGUGCUUGCGUCCAGUCGGAACCUUUUGGCAUUGGAUAAAUGGUUACAGAAUAGGAUCGCUGCUGGUCAGGAUAUCUUCGUCAGGGCUUGUCUGGACUAUCUUAGUGAGAGAAUUGUUAACGAUGCUCGUCAGAGCACCCCAGCAAACAAGGAGCUACCAGUAGAGACAAUUACUAUUUUCUUACAAGUCCUUCUUGGAAGUUCAAUUUCCCCUGAAAAUUCAGCUGUUUUGAAGAAUGUUCAUAAUGCAUGUCUUCAACUCCAUCCUCAACUUGCUAAUGUUGCGCCUGCUGUAGAGGGAGGUGUCACCGGUAACGAGACAUCAUUUUCAGAUGAUGUUGAAGAGGCCAAUAACGAUUACUAUAAGCGCAUCUACCGAGGCGAGAUUUCCAUCCCUGAAAUUGUUGAUUUGUUGCAGCAGUUUAAGAACUCCUCUGACCCUCGUGAGCAGGACAUCUAUGCGUGCAUGAUUCACAAUUUGUUUGAUGAAUACCGAUUCUUCCCCACGUAUCGUGAGAGAGAGCUCGCCAUCACCAGUGAUUUGUUUGGUGCUCUAAUCCAACAUCAGCUAGUCUCCUACAUUCCACUCGGUAUUGCUCUCCGAUACGUAUUGGAUGCUCUCCGUAAUCCUCCAGGGUCAAAGAUGUUCAACUUUGGUGCCCAAGCUCUGAGUCGAUUCCAGUCAAGGCUUCAGGAGUGGCCCACAUAUUGCUCGCAUCUCCUUCAGAUCCCUCAUCUUCAGCAAGUCCAUCCAGAGAUUGUGCGCUAUAUCCAUGCCGUUCUUCCUUCCGCGACUGCAGCCUCACAAGACGGCUCUGGUCUCUCGUCAGACCUUACCACUUCAUCGCCUCAACAACCCAUCAAUCAAGAAGUUCAACGACAAAUUUCACAACCAACACCUGCUUCCACAAUAGUUCCCCAACCAGCAGCUCCCCCUGUUUUUACUUCUCUUAAUGUGGAUACACUUCUCAUUGGGCGCGAUGAUAUCGACUAUGAGGCACCUAAUGAGCAAACGCAAGACAAAAUUCUGUUUAUCGUCAACAAUGUUUCUCAAAGCAAUCUAGAGGUGAAGCUAGCAGAGAUGAAGGAGCUUCUCCGCGAGAGUGCAUACCGUUGGUUCAGUAACUAUAUCGUAGUCAAACGUGCGAGUAUUGAGCCCAACUACCACGUCUUAUAUCUUCAAUUCCUCGAUGGACUUCAAAGUCCUUUGCUUUAUCGCCAUAUUCUACAUGAGACUUACGCCAAUAUCAAGAUUUUAAUCAAUUCCGAAAAAACAGUACAGUCAUCUUCUGAUCGAACCCUAUUGAAAAACCUCGGAUCCUGGCUUGGUGGCAUGACUCUGGCUCGUAAUCGACCCAUUAAGCAUAAGAAUCUGGCAUUUAAGGAACUUCUCAUUGAAGGUUACGACAGCAACAGACUGAUUGUCGCCAUUCCAUUUGUCUGCAAGGUUCUGGAACAGUGCAACAAGAGUAAGGUCUUCAAGCCACCUAACCCCUGGCUUGUGGCCAUUAUGCGUCUUCUUGUCGAGCUUUAUCAGUUUGCAGACUUGAAACUGCAUCUCAAGUUUGAAAUCGAGGUGCUCUGCAACAGACAGGCCCCCCAGGAACUUGUCGCUCACCCUGCAACACUUACUCAGGACUUUGAGCGUCUUUCAAUGGGCGGAUAUGCUCCAUCAGCAAGAAUGCCCGUUCAAGCUGCAGUCCCUUCGACCGUUGCCACUUCACAGCAGGAUGCUUCUAUGGAGAUGGUUCCCAAUUUGGCUGCAUUUGUCACUUUCAAUCCUCCUGCGUUCUACAAUGAGCGCCCUGCUCUCAAGCGACUCGUGCAUAUUGCCAUCGAUCGUGCUGUCCGAGAGAUUGUUGCUCCUGUUGUCGAUCGCUCUGUCACUAUUGCAGGCAUUUCCACACGUGAGAUGAUCAUUAAGGACUUUGCCAUGGAGCCUAAUGAGGAAAAGAUGCGCAAGGCCGCUCAUCUUAUGGUUCAAAAUCUUGCUGGUAGUCUUGCCCUUGUUACUUGCAAGGAGCCACUCCGAGUUAGCAUGGCUAAUAUUAUUCGCACGCUGUUCCUCCAGAAUGGAUUUACAGAUCAGAAUAUGCCAGAACAAUCCAUUCUGAUGACUGUUAAUGACAAUUUGGAUCUUGCUUGUUCCGUUAUCGAAAAGGCAGCUAUGGAAAAGGCCAUUCCAGAAAUCGAAGAGAGCUUAGCGAAUGCAUUUAAUGCAAGGAAGAAGCAUCGCGAACGUACAGGACAACCUUAUUACGACGUGGCUACGUAUCAGUCUUCUCGCUAUCCUGCCAGCCUUCCCGAGCCCCUCCGUAUUAAGCCUACAGGUCUCUCGGCUCAGCAGCUGCGCGUUUAUGAGGAUUUCGCCCGCUUGCCCAGACAGGCAGCUAUGGCACCAGUCUUUGACACUGACAGAAGUGUUCGUACUCCUCUCAAUGCAAGGGCUGAUGCCGGUCAAGCCUUCCCGUUCAAUACUAACGAAUUGUCGUAUAACAACGCGCCCAUUCCACUGUCAGCUCACCAGGCUCUGGAGAAGUUUGCUCAAAUCAUCAGUGAGCUUGACAAGCUUAUCAGUCUUUCGCCCUCAAUGCCUUUGGCAGCACUUCCUCCCAACCACGAGGUCAAGAUGCUAGCUCGUCUCGUACCCUUAAUCCCUGCACAGUCUUUCAGUCCUGAUGAGAUGGCACUGACGUUCUCGCAAAAGAUUGUUCAGUUACUGUACAAGACAGACCAGGUAUUGUCGCGAGAUGUGUAUGCAGUGUUGUUGGAGCAGCUCUGUGCCCUUUCGAGCAAGGUGGCCAAGGAAGUGACUGAAUGGCUUAUCUAUGCGGACGAUGAGCGCAAGUUUAAUGUGCCUGUCACUGUGACGUUGACUAAGGCCGGAUUAGUGAGCCUUGUUGACCAGGAUAUUCAACUGGCGCGCCUAAUUGAGAUUGGCCGUCCCGGUAUAGUUGAGUACGCUAUCAAGUUGAUUCGCGAAUGUGUCCUUAGUGAACAACCCUGCGCUAGCCGCAACGAAUUCAUCAACUCACUCAACGUGCUUAACCGCCUGGCGCAACGCGGAGGCAAGACUGUCGAACCUAUUGUCUUACUUAUCGAGGAUAUCCGCCGACGUGCUCUGGCACCUAGGGAGGCCGCCAAGGAUAUCGACAAUUCAGUGCUGCGAGAACAACUUGCCUUUAUCUUUGCUGAAUGGAUUCGCGUUUAUCAGCUUCCGACUUCAAACGAUAAGGAUUAUGGUGCUUUUAUCAAUUCGAUUCAACAGCAGGGUGUCUUGAAGGGCGAAGAAAUUUCGUCAUUGUUCUUCAGAGUAUGCACGGAAAUGAGUGUGGAGAGCUACAUCAAAUACAAAGUUACCAACACUACCGCUGCAUAUCAGGGCGUUGACGCCUUCGUUAAAUUGAUUGUUACCCUUGUCAAACAUUACUCAGAUCCUCAAGGCGUGAACCACAGCGGAGCCAAGGUCACGUAUCUUACUACUUUGUUGUCCAUCAUUGUUUUAGUCUUGGCUCAGGCACAUGAACAACGUCGCGGUCAGUUCAACCAGAAACCCUUCCUGCGUCUAUUCUCGGGUCUGUUGACAGAGAUGAUGACUUCGUAUGAGUCAAGCCCUGGCAUGUAUUUCCAGAUCUUGACAGCUUUUAGCAACACAUUCCAUACUUUGCAGCCUUUGGUCUUCCCUGGAUUUACAUACGGAUGGCUUUCACUUAUUUCUCAUCGUGCAUUUAUGCCAAAGUUGCUGCUGGCGGAGAAUGGUAAGGGAUGGGCCUCAUUCCAGAAGCUUCUCGUGUGCCUCUUCCGUUUCUUGAUCCCAUUCUUGGUUGGAGGGGAGAUGCGGGACACAACUCGGGCACUUUACAAGGGUACACUUCGGGUGUUGCUUGUGUUACUACACGAUUUCCCCGAGUUCCUGUGCGACUACCACUUUAGUUUCUGUGAUGUGAUUCCUCAUACAUGCAUUCAACUGCGCAACCUGAUUCUCAGCGCGUUCCCGCGCAACAUGAGGUUGCCAGAUCCUUUCACGCCCAACCUGAAAGUGGAUCUUUUGGCGGAAAUUCAUCAACCACCACGUGUGCUUUCAGAUUACACUAGCAGUCUGUCUGUUAGCAUGAAGAGCGACGUUGAUACGUAUUUGCGAACACGUGAACAUGCAGCAUUCUUGGACAACUGGCAAGAGAUCCUGGCACUUGAUCCUAACAAUCAGGACUUGUUCUCUGGAGGAUCCAAAUACAAUGUACCGAUGAUCAACUCGUUGGUCUUGUAUGUUGGCGUCAAUGGCAUUGCACAAUUGCAUGCUUCCAAAUCAGAAGACAAUGGUAACAGCAGCAGCAGCAGCAAAGACAUCGGAGAUGCGAAUGCCAACAGAUCCUCAUCGUCUUCGUCUUCCCAGAUCGCGCAGACAGCAUCAAUGGAUAUUUUCCAAAAACUGUUGACAGAGUUGGAUUCUGAAGGCCGCUACUUGUUCUUGAGUGCGAUUGCCAACCAAUUGAGAUACCCUAAUUCUCAUACGCAUUACUUCAGUCGUGCUACUCAGGAAAAGAUCAAAGAGCAGAUUACAAGGGUUCUGUUGGAACGUCUGAUUGUAAACCGCCCACAUCCAUGGGGUUUGCUGAUUACGUUUAUUGAGCUUAUCAAGAAUCCACGCUAUGCAUUUUGGGACCAUGCGUUCACUAGGAUUGACCCUGACAUUGAGAAGCUUUUUGAUUCUGUAUCGCGGUCAGUCAAGCGAUCAGCUUAAGGACAAGUAACAAGACAGCAUUUCAUACGAGAUUGAUUAUUCUUCAUUUUGCCACGCUUUACGUUUUAUUGUAAUCUUUGUCAAAAGAGAAAGCAUUGUACCAUAUUGGUCAUUUAGUUUAGAUUUGAGAUUUUUUGAGUGUACGACUAUUCCAUAAUAAAAAAUGCC